AUGGGUGCGCCUGCUGGUUUAAGGGAUAACAUCUUCCCCUGCGUGCUAAUACCCCUUGGUUUCUUGAAUGCUUGCACUUGGAACUUGUUCUCCCAGCAGCCCCUCACAUGUGAAUCUUUGGCUUUCUUCGUGGACUUCUGCUUCAGCCAAGUGCUGAAGGCCUUGGACUCCUUUUAUUCAAAUGGUAUGGGCCCUUUAAUAUAG